AUGAACAGACUAAAGAAAAGGGUAAAACUUAGUCAUCUUGCUAAGAAAACUAAAAUGAAUGAUGUUAGGGUUGAGGAUGGUGAUUCAGAAGAUAUAUAUAACAAGUUCUUUGGAAUUUAUGAUCCAAGAAGAGUUUUCGCAGUUGAAUUUUUUGCAUGGCUCCUCGCCCAAGGAAUAGAAUCAGACUUUAACGACCAAAGCACAAAUAAUUUCUUUCUCAGGAUUGACAAACUACGAAAAGAUGCGUGCUGGAUACCAUAUCAAAAAGAGUUUGACGAAACUCAAUGGAUAUUCACAGAUAAAAAUAAUAUAGAAGUUGAUGUUGUCAAAACAAUUUGUAGCAGUAUUACUGAGGAAAUAAUAAUAAAUCUAGAAUAUAAUAAUCCAUUAUUAUUAUAUGUGAUUGAUUUUUCAAAUCUGCCCAAAGAAAUUAAAAAUGCAUUUGAUGAGCAAGCACUAAUAGCAAUAACAGCUUCACCAAUAAAAUUCCAUCAAGACAUGGAUCCUACUUCAGAAAAAUACCUAGUUUACUUGUAUGAAAACCAACAAAU